CAGGACGCUCUCUCCGUGUGGCGGGAAAGGCCGUCAACCUUACUUGCUCUGGUGACCUGUGCUGUACCAGAGCCCGUCUGUGGACAGUCUCUGUGUGUACUUUUGUGAAAUUGUGAUGUUUGUCUGUAUUGGAUCAACACGCAUCGCUAUAUAGGCUACCUUGGCUAAAUGUACUGAAACCAAGCUAAUGAUUUCGCUAACGUGGGACUGCGUGCAACAUUUGUGAUUCCCGUUACGCUUCAGAUUGAAACAAAGUGGCAUUUCUCAAGGGAACAAAGGGAGCUAGCUAGCUAACGUUAGCCGGCUCGAUAUAGCUCAAAAACCGGCUAGUUAACCCAGCUGCACAAGAAUGAGUUUAUUUAACUUGGACAGGUUCCGUUUCAAAGGGGAUGAAGGAACAAAUUCUACCCCGAAGUUAAAGAAAUCAGAGGUAUCAAGUGACUCGGCGAGCCCCAGUUCGGAUAAAGAGAACAAACCAAAAACCACCAAACAAGAUCACAAACUUGCCUCUAAGAAACCAUUGAAGAAUAAAGUUGAAGGUGGUGAUUCUGAUGAGGACAUUCUCCAGAAUGGAAUAUUACCUCAGAGAAAAGCAAAGCUUUACAAGACAGAAAUGACUGAGCAUUCAGAUGACAAUGAUGAUGACGGCCACGACAAGGUCGAUGAUGAGGAUCAGAAGAUCGAGACACUGCAAGAGAUGUUUCCUCAGAGGCACCGGAGUCAGCUGCUAGAGUUAAUCAGAUGCACAGGCACUUUAGAGGGAGCAGUGGCACUUUGUUUGAUGCAGUAUGGAGACAGAGCUGCAUCAAGGCAAAGAAAGAGGGAUGUCCUCAGUGAGGAUGAUGAUGAUGAUGUUGAGAAGGAUGAGGAUGAUUUGUCAAACCCAGCAAAGAAGAGACGUGCUGAAGUGCCUGAGGAUUCCCAAGAAUCUGAUGAGUCGAAUCGGAGGAUUUGGUAGAUUCAGAGGAUGAGUCAUUUGAGCCAAACCGGGAGAAGCAGGAGCGUCUGGUGCAGAGGCUGAAGAAGAAGCUUCCGGACCAGGACAAGGAGUUGCUCAGGGAUGUUUUGCAGGAGCAUGACUGGCACUAUGAGGAUGCUCUGGGAGCACUGCGCAUGUUCGCUGAUUCAGGACACUCCAACUCUUCAAAAAAGAAGUCAAGCCAACCAAAGACCUCCAGCUCCUCAAAGGCAAAGAAAGGCAGCAGUGAACAGAAAAACUCCAGCACACCCUCCCUCUCCGGUUGGGUGGUGAAGAUCCCCAGUGCCUCGGUGGCCGCCAAGGCCAAACAGGGCGAGAGCAGCAAGGCCAAAGACAGCAAGCCAGUGGAGAAGAAGAAGGAGAAGAAGGUCCCCCCAGUACGGAGGAAAGGAGAAGAUUCCGAGGAUGAAGAUGAGGACGAACGUGCACUCAGCAGCGGGGGCGAGGAGAAUGACCUCACGGACGAGUACAACUCGGACGACGAGGCGCCGGUCAACUCGGAGCAGCAGCAGGACAUCCUGAAGUUCUUCCAGGAGGCGGCGGCGCACGAGCUCACGCUCAUCUCCGGCUGCUCGGCCAAGAGGGCCAAUAAGAUCAUCUCGCUCAGGCCCUUCAACGUCUGGAAAGACCUGGAGGCCAUGUUUGACCGGGACAACGGCCUGUCUGCGGAUCUGCUGGUGGGCUGCCGCGUGGUGCUGAAGGAGAGGCAGGUGGUGCAGCAGCUCAUGGGCAAGUGCGAGGGCAUCGCCCGCAAGAUGUUCAAGGACGUGACCGCCCUCAUCGAGCAGGGCACCGGCUCCACCAAGCAGCCCGCCAUCCUGAACAGCAGUUUAAGGUUGCAAUCCUAUCAGCUCAUCGGAGUGAAGUGGCUCACACUAUUAAACCAACACAAGCUGAGUGGCAUCCUCGCUGAUGAGAUGGGCCUAGGGAAGACUGUCCAGGCUAUAGCUUUCCUGGCCCACCUUUACCAGCAGGGCAUAACCGGCCCUCAUCUCAUCACUGUGCCCUCCUCCACGCUAGAUAACUGGGUCCGUGAGCUGAAAGUGUGGUGCCCUACUCUGAAGGUGCUGGUCUAUUGUGGCUCUAUAGACGACCGCAAAUACCUGCGCCGUGACAUUCUCGACAGGCAGGUGGACUUCAAUGUCAUUGUAUGCACGUAUCGCUCAACACUGGGAACUGACUUUGACCGCAGCCUGUUUCGUAAGCUGAAGCUGAAGUACGCCAUCUUUGACGAAGGUCACAUGCUGAAGAACAUGAGUUCUCAACGCUACCGCUGUCUCAUGGCUAUCAACGCCGAGCGCAGACUGCUGCUGACGGGCACCCCAGUGCAGAACAACCUGCUGGAGCUCAUGUCUCUGCUCAACUUCAUCAUGCCCUCCAUGUUCUCCAGCAGCACCAGCCAGAUUGCCAGGAUGUUCUCCAAAAAAUCAGACGAGGAGAGCAGUUUCCAUAAGGACAGGAUCGAUCAGGCCAAACGCAUAAUGAAGCCCUUCAUCCUGAGGAGGGUCAAAGCCGAGGUGCUGAAAGAGCUGCCCCCUAAGGUGGAGCAGGUGGAGGCGUGCCCCAUGUCAGCCAAGCAGAAGGACCUCUACACCUCCCUGUUCAACAAGCUCAAACGCGCUGUCCCUGGAGAAAAGAAAGAGCUGUGUAAUGUGAUGAUGCAGCUGCGCAAGAUGGCCAACCACCCGCUGCUCCACCGGCAGUACUACACCACCGAGAAGCUGGCAGCCAUGAGCCGGGCCAUGCUGAAGGAGCCGACGCACUUUGAUGCUGACCCCGUCCUGAUCCAGGAGGACAUGGAGGCGAUGUCGGACUUUGAGCUGCAUAACCUUUGUCUGCAGUACCCAUCCAUCCACAGCCACAAGCUCGACACCCACCUGCUGCUGGACUCGGGGAAAUUUGAUCGACUCACACAACUACUGGCCUCCCUCAAAGAAAAGGGAGACAGAGUGGUGCUCUUCAGCCAGUUCACCAUGGUGCUGGACAUCGUAGAAGUUCUGCUGAAGCACCUGGACCAUCGUUACAUCCGGCUGGAUGGGUCCACACCUAUUGCGGAGAGGAUUGGGCUCAUUGAUGACUUCAACAACGACCCUGAUAUCUUCGUGUUCCUGCUGUCCACCCGUGCUGGGGGACAGGGCAUCAACCUCGCGACCGCCAACGUGGUCAUCCUCCACGAUAUCGACUGCAACCCCUACAACGACAAGCAGGCAGAAGACCGCUGCCAUCGCAUGGGCCAGACCAGGCCUGUGACUGUCAUUAAGCUGGUCAGCAAAGACUCCAUUGAAGAUGCCAUGCUGCGAGUCGGGCAGGAAAAACUGAAACUUGAAGAGUGUAUGAUCUCUUCAGACAUGGGGGAAGAGAGCUCCAUGCCUGAAGAUAUGGCUUUGCUUUUGAAGGUCUCAAUGGGCCUCUGAAAGCAGUGAUGGCACUGUUACCUCUCCAGACUCACUCACUCACUCACUCACACACUCACACACUCACUCACACACUCACUCAGGCUUUUUUUUUUCUUUUUUCUUUUUUUUUUUUAACUGUUUUUAGCUAUUGUCUGUGUUUUGUCUUGUACAUCUUCAUGAAAUAAAUAUAACUUGAA